GGCUGCAGCCAAUCGAGGGACAGCGGGAGGGAAGAGGUGGGGUAGUGGGCCCCGGUUGCCUGGCUAACGCGUUUGGCUCGGUUCUUUGGACCAAGGGCUUAGGGUUGUUUCUCCCAGUUCCAUAGUCCGGGCUGGGGGUGAGGGGCUAGGCCCGGAGCGCGGGCCUCGUCCCUCCGCCUGCACUUCCCAGGCUGUCUUUUGGGGUUUUGAGCCGUGCCCCAUCUGGAUACCUCCUGCUCCCUCCCACCUUAGCGCGCGAUAUCCGCCCCCAGCCCCGCCCGGGAGGUCCAGGCCCCAUCCAGUCCGGUCCCACUGGCCUCAGGCCCUGGGGAUCCGCCGCCUCCUCUUCCCCGCUUAGGCCACCCACCAACGCCUCUAGCAGCCGCUCUUCCCCUCUCUGCUUCGUGGUAGUGAUUGGUUACCAUGGUGAAGCUGGCGGCCAAAUGCAUCCUGGCAGGAGAUCCAACGGUGGGCAAGACAGCUCUGGCGCAGAUCUUCCGCAGUGAUGGGGCCCAUUUCCAGAAGAACUAUACCCUGACAACAGGAGUGGAUUUGGUGGUGAAGACAGUGCCAGUUCCUGACACAGGCGACAGUGUGGAACUCUUCAUUUUUGACUCCGCCGGCAAGGAGCUGUUCUCUGAAAUGCUGGACAAAUUGUGGGAGAGUCCCAACAUCUUGUGUCUCGUCUACGAUGUGACCAAUGAACAGUCUUUCACCAACUGCAGCAAGUGGCUGGAGAAGGCUCGGUCCCAGGCUCCAGGCACCACCCUCCCAGGUGUUUUAGUGGGAAAUAAGAAGGACCUGGCUGGCAGACGAGCUGUGGAUUCGGAGCAGGCCCAGGCGUGGGCAGUGGGCCAGGGCCUGGAGUGCUUUGAAAUAUCCGUG